CAUGCGUUCCCGCACAAACUCUUUUCCAGCUUCGCUUGUGUUUUCACCUGUCUUUUGUUCGCUCCUGAGAGAAGAAAACUGCCCCCAUAAUUCCUCCAUAAGGGCAAUUUCGCUUGUGUCCACCUCACAACUCUUUGCACGCGUCCGUCGCCUUCCCUUGUUGGUGGUCUGUCCACCUUUUUGACUGGAAACCUGCGAGUUGACCGGACCCGUCGCUCUAUUCAGGCGCAAGUUGCGGCGUUUCGUCUCUUGCCUUUCGUUUUUCGUGCUUUCUUCGUCUUCUGUAUAGGGUCUUUCCUUCUUUUCUUCGCGUUUCCGGCCUUUCGCUUCCUCCGCACCACACCAUGCCGCUUUCCUUGCCGACUGCCCGGCUCUUCGCCCGCGUGGCUCUAACUUUGCGGGGCUCCUGCUGCAGCAUUUCGUGGACCCGCUACUCCCACCUCCUAUCUACCCUUUCUGUGCCGUCUUGCUCCGUGAAGAACACUGUGGGUUUCUUUCCGAGUUCUCGCGCCUCCCAUUUUUCGACAGCCAGCGCUCUUGCAACUCCCGAGACCGUGUGUAGGCCGCAGGUUUCCGCUUCUCAGUCGUUUUCGUCUGCUGCGCCGGCCGCCGCACCGAAGAGCAGAGAAACAGGAUGUACGGCACACAGCGAAACGAAGACAAACGGGGUUGCACGCGCGGAAGACGUGGCUGCACACGACUUUCCUCAGCUUCUCCACCGCGAAAUUCAGAGCGAGGCGGCUCUGCAGAAACGCAUCUCCGGUCUCCAGAUGGAACUCUUGGGAGCGAACUGGGUUGACUACUUGACCGGGGUGCUGGACACGCCGUUCUGGGAGGAGGAACUGAGAGUGAUCGAAGAAGAGGCACAGCCUUUUGCACACAAUCAAAAUGUCCAAGCAUCGCUGAAAAGUCUACGCCGCCUAUUCGAUCUCUUCUACCAGCUCUCCGACAUCCGAGACCAUCUCAAUCAAUUGAUGGAACUCGGCAGCCGAGCAGCUGGUAUCGCGGGCACCGGUCUGAAUGCGUCGGAGAAGGUUUCGAAUAUCGACGAGCAUGCAAAAGCAGCCUCAGCCGAGUACGACCGCCUCAUGAAGGAAUACCCAGAAUAUUGCGCGAAAGUUGAUGACGUUCUCGGCUCCGGUUUGGCCCUGCUCCGACAGAAACAUAGGUUCACCUUUUCGGGUCUGCAUCGGUUUUUCUACUGAAUUGAAAGACUCAAGGACGCUGGUCUGGGGAAUUUCCCAUAUAGCGCCGCACUGUUGACGAUGUGAGGAAACUGAGGGAUGCGAAGUCCGUGAUUUCCUUUUCCCCGUCCUAGUUAGCCGGACACAGCUCGGUUCACUCGUCAAAACAUGAGAAAUCCAAGAAAAACGUGAUUUCGACUUGCACUUUCUCCCGAAAAACUAGAAACUCCGUCGUGGUCGACCUCGCGUGCACACAGCGGCACCUUGCUUGCAGCGAGAAAAAUAGCAAAAACGAGAAGGAUAAAGGAUUUAGGUGGUUGGUAUCGAUGGGAAAAAACGCCAGGAGCAAACGAGCUCACCGUAGGCACUUUCUCGCUACUUUGUCCCUAGAGUCUUGGUUUUUGAGUAAAGGACUUUGACGCCACCAAUCACGCACUCGUGCUGUCCUACCGUGUGUAUUCAGAGGACCUUAACGCGUUAAGACGAG